UAUUUAUUAUGUUUUUAAUUUAUUUUGUGAGAGAGAGCAUGUGUGAGCAGGGGAGGGACAAAGAGAGAGUGAGACAGAAACCCAAGCAGGCUCUGUGCUGUCAGCUCAAAGCUCAACAUAAGACACCAGCUCACAGAUCGUGAGAUCAUGACCUGAGCCAAAACUGAGAGUCAGACACUUAACUGACUGAGCCAUCUAGGUGCCCCCAGAUAUUGAUAUUUAUUAAAAUGAAAAGCUCUUAUAUAAAAGAUUAAAUAGAUUAUUGAUCACAAGAUAGUAACACUCAAGAUUAAAAAUCAUCAUAAAAUUGAAAGCAUAAUUAUUACUGCUUCUACUUGGAAUUCUAUUUAGAGUCAGACCUUGAGGUCAGCUUGGAAAGAACUGAAAGCCCUGUGUAGCAGCUGUGGAACUCUUUUUUUUUUUUUUUUUUUUUUUUUUAAGUUUAUUUAUUUUUUAGUAAUCUCUACACCUAACGUAGGGCUUGAACUAAUGACCCCGAGAUCAAGAGUCACACACUCUUCCGACUGAGCUAGCCAGACUCCCCUGGAACUCUUUUGAAAAAUACUUUAUAGGUUUUGUUAUAAGAUUACCCAAAUAUUUUGGUUAAAUUUCUUUAAAAAAAAAAAAAAAGAAAAAGAAAAAAAGCAAGCCACUGUGGAAAACAGUAUGGAGGUUCCUCAAAAAAUGAAAAAUAGAAUUACCAUGUGAUCCAGUAAUUCCACUACUGGGUAUUUAACCAAAGAAUAUGAAAACACUAAUUUGAAAAAAUACAUGCACCCCUAUGUUUAUUGCAGCAUUAUUUACAAUAGCCAACAUGGAAGCAACCCAAGUGUCCAUCAAUAGUAGAUGAAUGGAUGAACAUGUGGAAUGGAAUUCCACAAUGGAAUAUUACUCAAGUAGCCAUAAAAAAGAAUGAAAUCUUGCCAUUUGCAACAACAUGGAUGGAUCUAGAGGGUAUGCCACUAAGUGAAAUAAGCCAGAGAAGACAAAUACCAUGAUUUCAUUCAUAGGUGGAAUUUAAGAAACAAAACAAAUGAACAAAGAAAGAAGAGACCAGCAAAAAAAUAGAGCUCUUCCCCCCCACCCCCAGACUCUGUUUAAACAUAGAGAAAAAACUGGUGGUACCAGAGGGGAGGUGGAUGGGGCGAUGGGUGAAGGGGCACUUACUAUGAUGGGCACACAGUACUAAUAUAUAGAAUUGUUGAACUAGUCUAUUGUACACCUGAAACUAAUAUAACUAUGCUAAUUUUACUGGAAUUUUUUUUUUAAAGGAAAGCCUAGGAUGAGGCCCAGGAACUAGCGUUUUUAACAAGAAUGUAAGGUGUUCCUGAUGCAGGGAUCUGGGAACCACAAUUUGAGCAGCGCUUUAGUUGAGCUAUCAGGCUCAACUAUUGAUGGCAACCUAUCAGUGCAGCAUUGUACCCAGCUCUGCUUAUGAUAAUGUCAACAAAGUUCGAGUAGCUAUCAAGAAAAUCAGUCCUUUUGAGCACCAGACCUACUGCCAGAGAACCCUGAGGGAGAUAAAAAUCUUACUGCGCUUCAGACAUGAGAACAUCAUUGGAAUCAAUGAUAUUAUUAGAGCGCCAACCAUCGAGCAAAUGAAAGAUGUAUAUAUCGUACAGGACCUCAUGGAAACAGAUCUCUACAAGCUCUUGAAGACACAACACCUCAGCAACGACCAUAUCUGCUAUUUUCUUUACCAGAUCCUCAGAGGGUUAAAAUAUAUCCAUUCAGCUAAUGUACUGCACCGUGACCUCAAACCUUCCAACCUGCUGCUCAACACCACCUGUGAUCUCAAGAUCUGUGACUUUGGUUUGGCCCGCGUUGCAGAUCCAGACCAUGAUCACACAGGGUUCCUGACGGAGUACGUAGCCACACGUUGGUACCGGGCUCCAGAAAUUAUGUUGAAUUCCAAGGGCUAUACCAAGUCCAUUGAUAUUUGGUCUGUAGGCUGCAUUCUGGCAGAGAUGCUGUCCAACAGGCCCAUCUUCCCGGGGAAGCAUUAUCUCGACCAGCUGAACCACAUUCUGGGUAUUCUUGGAUCCCCAUCACAGGAAGACCUGAAUUGUAUAAUAAAUUUAAAAGCUAGAAACUACUUGCUUUCUCUUCCACACAAAAAUAAGGUGCCAUGGAACAGGCUGUUCCCAAAUGCUGAUUCCAAAGCUCUGGAUUUACUGGACAAAAUGUUGACGUUCAACCCUCACAAGAGGAUUGAAGUAGAACAGGCUCUGGCCCAUCCAUAUCUGGAGCAGUAUUACGACCCAAGUGAUGAGCCCGUCGCUGAGGCACCGUUCAAGUUUGACAUGGAGCUAGACGACCUGCCCAAGGAAAAGCUCAAAGAGCUCAUCUUCGAAGAGACGGCCAGGUUCCAGCCGGGAUACAGGUCUUAAACUUGUCAGGACAAGGGCUCAGAAGACUGGAUGUGCUCAGACAUCGGUGUUGUUCUUCCCAGUUCUUGACCCCGGUCCUGUCUCCAGCCCGUCUUGGCUUAUCCACCUUGACUCCUUUGAGCCGUUCGGAGGGGCGGUUUCUGGUAGUUGUGGCUUUUAUGCUUUCAAAGAAUUCCUUCAGUCCAGAGAACUGUUCCUGGCAUCCCUGUGUGUGUCACCCACCGGUGACCUGUGGCAGUAUGUACUUUCAGUGCACCUACUGCUUACCGUUGCUUUAGUCACUAAUCGCUUUCUGGUUUGAAAGAUGCAGUGGUUCCUCCCUCUUCUGAAUCCUUCCUAGGUGACGCCCUGCUGACCAUGCAGUCACACCAGAGAUAGUUCUUUCCAAAUUGGCUCUCGUCACUGGCAUCUCACUUUAUGAUAGGGAAGGCUACUACCUAGGGCACUUUAAGUCAGUGACAGCCCCUUAUUUGCACUUUUCACCGUAAGCGUGUCCCCAGAGCAGGAAUGUGUGGAAACACCUGGGAUGACGUUGCAGCCUGCGGUGAGUGCUCCCGUCUCGGGAAUCUUUGGGGGCGCUUGCCCGUGUCUUUUCUCAUAUCAUGUUAGUCACUAACAUAUUUAAGGUCUGUGCUAUUUGCCCAGCUUUUAGGAAACUCAAUCAUUUUUCUAAAUUAAAGAAAGAAGUACUGCAUCCAGUUGCCUCACUCUGUAGAUUUAUUGUGGUUACUUGUACCAUUUACAGAGGUAUAACACUUGCCAAAAUGUGUUAUCUGCAGUACUGUUUCCAAGGUUUAUGCAGAACGAUUUAAAGUGGCAGCUGCACUCAGGAUUUAGUGAGAGAUGUACACAGGUCACAGCAGGGUGCUAAGGAAAGUGUCUGGAGAAGCAGCCAGCAGGCCACACCAGUCUCUGUCACGGGGCAGAGCUCCACACACAGGUGUACGUAUACCCCAAGCUACGUCAAGUGGUGUGCCACAUCCAGUGUAACCACAUUCAAUGCCUCAGGAUUUAGAGAGGAGCCCUGCGUCUUUAAAUGAGAAAGUGUACAAUUCUUUUUCCUCCUACAGCAUGUCAGCAUCUCAAGUUCAUUUUUCAACCUACGAUAUAACAAUUUGUAAUAAAGCCUUCAUGAGCUCAUGAUGUGAAGCACUGUUCUGUCAUCAAGUACUCUCAAAUGUUUCUGAUACUGCUGAGCUAAGACCAUGAGAAAAAGCUAGCACUAAAUCAUGUUUGGAGCUCUAUCCCAUAUUAUAUUGAUCUCUUUAAGUAUUUGUUCCUGCCACUGCACACUGUGGCGUUGACUUGGUGUUCUGUCCCAGUGCGGUGCCUCCUCUUGACUCCCCCACUGCUCUCUGUGGUGAGAAAUUUGCCUUGUUCAAUAAUUACUGUACCCUCGCAUGACUGUUACAGCUUUCUGUGCAGAGAUGACUGUCCAAGUGCCACAUGCCUAUGAUUGAAACGAAAAAUUUAUUGUUACCUCUGAGUUUGUGUUCCACGGAAAAUGCUAUCCAGCAGAUCACUUAGGAAAACUAAUUCUAUUUUUAGCUUCUUAUUUCUCAGCUGUCCUUUUUUUCUUGUUUGAUUUUUGACAGCAAUGGAGAAUGGGUUAUAUAAAGACUGCCUGCUAAUAUGAACAGAAAUGCACUUGUAAUUCAUGGAAAUAAAUGUACAUCUUCGAUCUUCAUAUUCAUGUUAAGAUUCAGUGUUGAUUUCCUCUGGAUCAGCGUGUCCAAAUGGACAGUCAGCUUCAGUUUGUGCUUGGAGCAGAAAUGCUUGUGGGCCUCCCCUUCCCAUGCGGGCACUGCCCCGACACUGGUUUACAUAAAAUGAUUUAGAAGGCAUUUCUGUAGGGUCCUAGUUUCCCUUUGCACAGCAGAGAAUCAACUCUGACAUGUUUCUUUACUCAAAUCAUAGGUCUAAAAUACUGUCAAACUCUGAUGAAGAAGCCCAGACAUCUCAGUUUGGAAUCUCUGGUUCUUUCUAAAGAGGGCCUGCCUGUGUGCCCCAAGCCUCCAGCUGGGCACAGCCGGGUGCUGGGAAGCUUUGCCCGGUGUCACUUGGCCCACACCACCUGGCCCAGGGUGCUGGUGCUCACACCUCACGGGCUAACGAAGGAUGGCAGACUCCGCCUCAGAGAUCAGAACCGCAUCUAGAUUCUUGCCCAAAAGUACGUGGUUUUUCACUUCAUGCUCAGAGCUGCCAUGGAAAGGUCUGCAGGGCACUGAGAGGAUAGAGGUUUGACUGUUACUUGAGACAUUGAUGAGUCAGUUUCCAUUUUAAAAGGAGCAUUGACAGUUUUCCUACUCUUUUUCUUUGUACUUUUUAAAUGGAAUGUUAAUAUUUUUAGGAGGUAAAUCUGCAGUCCUCUAACCAGAAAGCCAUAGCCUUGGUUACUAAUACUUGAGGACUGUGGGCUUUCCCAUCCCCUCCACGGUACUGUGGAGUCAUAUUGGCAUGAAACCACUAACUGCGUUCCAGCAACACUGUAGCCGUAAGUUGUGUGCUUUUUUAAUCAUGCCAAGCUUGGCUUAACAGGUCAGAAAAUUGUCCCAAUCAAGGUACCUGUGAAAAGUACUAGCUAUUAUGUGUGAUAGGCUCAUCAUUUGGAUCCUCUUAACAUCUCUAAAAAUGUCCUGAUUAGGUAUCCAAAUUCAUACUGGUGACACUGAAUGCCUCCAUUCUUAGUAAGCUCAAAUAAACUUUCAGACUUAGGGCUUUUUUU